CGCAGCGCGUGAAGAAUUUCCCAGCAUUCUUAUAUUCUUGCCCAAAAUGGAGGAUCUUUCGGUUGAAGUUGGUGGAAACAACGGUGUUUAUUAUAAAGCAUACUUAAAAAGUUUCUCUGAUGAUGAGGUUUUGGUCUCUUUUGAAAACAAUUGGCAAGCAGAUAAAAGAGUAAAACUUGUGAAUGUGAGGCUGCCACCUAAAGCAGGCUCAAGCAAGCCAGAGUUUAGAGAAGAUGAGAGGGUUGAGGUAUUUGGCAAAGUCAAAGAUGAAGAAGGUCUAGCAUGGUAUCCUGCAAAAAUAAAAAUGUUGAAGGGUGAAUUUGCUGUUGUUGCUUCUCCUUGGGAUGCAAAUGACAUAUUACCUUUAGAUAAAAUCAGAUCAGUUAACCACAAUCCUCCAAUCACCAAAGAGUCAUUUUUCCAGUUUGUGUUGGAAGUCCCACCUGAUUUGAGAGAAGGGUGCCAGGAAGAAAUAGCAAUACAGGAAUUUCGCAAGCAUAUAGGUGGUGCUAUGGUGUCUUACAACCCAGAAGAUAAAUCACUGCAUGUGCUUAGCACUAGUCCAAGUGUCAUCAAAAGAGCUUCUAUGAUUGGAGAUAUGUUCCUUAGAAACAUGAGACAAAAAGUAUUACUUAAACAGCGAACAGAAGAAGCAGUUAAAAAGCUUCAGAGCACAAAGAUCAGAUCAGGGUACAUGGAGGAAUUUCAGGUCCGUGAUGAACUGAUGGGUUUAGCUAUUGGCACUCAUGGAGCUAACAUACAGCAGGCCCGUAAGGUUGAUGGCAUUACUGGCAUUGAACUGGAUGAAGCUUCUUGUACAUUUAAAGUCUAUGGAGAGACACAAGAAGCUGUUAAGUCUGCUCGAGGCUUAUUAGAGUUUUCCGAGGAGACUUUUCAAGUGCCUAGAGAUUUAGUAGCUAAAGUCAUAGGAAAAAAUGGCCGUAAUAUUCAAGACAUAGUAGAUAAAUCAGGUGUGGUCCGUGUAAAGAUUGAAGGAGACAACGAACAUGAAACUGAAAGAGAAGAGUUGUACACAUCCUUUCAGGGCCAAGUGCCAUUUAUCUUUGUUGGAACUAUGGAGAGUAUUAGUAAUGCCAAGCUCCUAUUGGAGUAUCACCUGGAUCAUCUUAAGGAAGUGGAACAGUUACGACAAGCAAAACUUGAAAUUGACCAACAGCUUAAGUCAUUAUCAGGGCCCCAACCAGGUUCUUACUUUCCCCCACCCCGUGACAGAAGAUGGGGCUAUCCUGAGCAGUUUGAUGAUAGAAGGGGGCGUGGUACCAGAGGUGGCCGUGGUGCUGGCAGAGGUCGUCGGUGGAAUACAGAUAGACAUGGUGAUGAUUCUACAUUGCCAAAUUCUAUUGUUGGUGACUGGUCUGCUGAAGUGGAAGACGAUAAAAGACAAUCUGGAUACCUAACAGAUAGUAUUCUCAGUGGACGUGGUCGAGGUGGUGGUGCUUACAGAAGGGGAUCAAGGGGUGGAGGCAUGAGAGGUGGUAGGGGUGGUCUACCACCUAGAGGAUCAGGGUAUGAUGAUGAUGACUCACGAGAUCUUCGAUCACGGCGUAGAAUGACUGAUGAUGAUGAUACAGUGCUUGAUAAUGCUAGUGUAACGAGUCAGGACCAAGAUUAUGACCAACAAGAUCGCAUGAGGCGUCCACGGAGGAAAAAAAAUCGCCCUCGAGGAAACGGUAGUGCUGCUUCUGGCACAGAAACUGACACAAGUAUCUCUAAUUAUAGGGGGGACCGCAAUCCAGGUCGAGGCAGAGGAGGUCGUGGUGGCUAUAACCAAAGGGGUCAUGAAUCUGAUUCUGGAAGGGGUGGGUACAGGGGACAGGAGUCAGACUCAGGUCACCCACCUAGUGUCUCAAACUCGGUCGUUAGCCGCAGUUCAGUCAGUCCAGCAAUGCAGACUGUAAAUGGUGGAGGUGGUGACCGGCCCACUAAGCAGGAACCACCAGCUAAAGAUCAGCGUGAUGCAAGGCCACCUAGAGACACUAGACCAAGAGGGAGCAAUAACAACUCCUCUGUACCUUCCACUGGAGCUUCUCAGCCUCCAAAGCAGAUGGUAGGGAACCAUCACAGUGGUAGUGAUUCAGACUCUAAACUAGCUAAAAACAAACUGAAUAAUAACAGUGCCAAAGCAAAGGAACACAUAGUGAAUGGAGGAGAGUGACAUGUUGUUGUGUCAUAGUUUUUUUUAAGGUGUGACUGUCUUAACUAGCGUUGUUGAAAUAGGAAUAGUAUGUUAGUGGUUGUGAGUCCAGAGAGAGUCGAAUUAAUUUAUUGACGGUUUGUUGGACUAGAUGAUUUUGUGCCCAAGGUUCUCUUUCUACUGCUGGUGUUGAUAAAUAGGUUUCAUCUGUGUGUGCUAUGUAAAAAUUUUGUACAAUUUAUAUGUAUCCAUGUGUAUGCAAUGUUUAGAAUGGUAGCUGGGCAUAAGAAUGUGUGUGAGUGGCGUCAACUCUUUUUGAAUGAAUGUUAAGUAGUAAUGCAUGAAGUGUUAUUAGCACAUUCUAAGUCUGGAAUGUAAAAGUAUUAUCAUAAUCAUUUUUCUAAGCAAUUCAUGUGUGUUAAAUGUUUGAAUAUUUCUGCCUUGGAACAAAUAUUUGAGUUUUAUCUAGAAAGAUUGAGCUGAGCACCAAAAUGAACAGCUUUCUUUGUCACAAAUGCAUCUAACUAUUAUCAGAGAUAUGAGCUUUCAUGGCCAGCUGAUUCACCAAUUCUUCAGAUCAGGAGUAACAGCGUGCUUGACUUUGGCAUGAUGAAGCAAUGCAUGUUAAAGAGUUUAAUUGCUUUAAUUCUAGUUAUGUAGUUAGGGAUUCAUGUAACCCAUGAGUUCCUUAUGAUGUACUUUAUAAAUGCAGAAGAAAGAUAUGUCCCCCGAGAAAGCUGAAGCAAGUGAAAACAACAAAAUAAGUGCCUUAUAUCAAUUUUGUCACAUUUUUUUUAUCUCUCAGAAAUCCUCAAGGCAUUAUGUUGCUUAUUGUGUAAGAAUUGUGUAGAAUGCAUGUAUAAAGUGUUAAUGAUGUAAAGAGGUUUCAUGUGCAAGUUGUUUAUUGAAGUUAUUUAUCAUUCACCUUUCUUGGACUAUUAAAUAAAAAGACAUAAUCUUCUGCAUAAAGAAUAGGCUGAAAGUGCACCGAGAAUGCCAUGAAGAUACAAGUCCUAAUACACGAUCUAACUGGAAAAAAAACUCAACUUAUGACAAGGUUUACCAAUUUGUGUGUAAUUAUAAUGCUUUAUAAUAAUGACUUCAUUACAUCUUUUAAAUGUAGGUCUGAUUAAUUUAAUGAAAGUCUACUUUUUUUAGCUAUAUCUAUAUUUUUUUUUUGUAAUUGAUCCAUAUGGAAUUUUUUAGACUAAAAAUGUGUUAAUAUAGACUUAAUGAAAAUGAUGUUGAGCUGAAAAAGUUUUUUAUAAAAGCAAACUUUUAAUGAAAUUCUGUCCCCCAAUACUUAAAAUAAAUUCAAUUUUUUUUUCUAAUUUUCAAGGAUGUAGAAUAUAACUGGGUCUAAAACAAAUAAUUUUAGGGAUACUUAGUGGAAGAAAAACUAAGACAUACCAAACCCAAUACAUUUUCUUGUUUGUAUGGUCCCUUUGAUAACAUCAUGACCUUAUUGUCCAUUUGACAGAUAAACCAUCCAUGACCAUGUCAGUUUACAAAUGCUUAUUCAUGUUGGAAAAAAAAAAUAUGUAUGUUGUUAUUGAGUUGUCCAUAAAAAAAAAAAAAACCAACAUGUUUAUGUAGAUGUAAAUGAAAUAUUCUUUCCACAUCCUAAAUAUAUGGAUGUUCAUUCAAGCUUUUUGUUUUUCUGUUGAAACAACAUGAUGGAUGAAAAGCUUGAGUAGACAUAUUGAAAUGAUGGUGUGAAUGUGACACAUCAUUGAUACGUCCACUGUGAGUGGAUGAGAGAACAGCUUGUAAUUUGUUACAACAGAGACAGGUAUACACUCAUAGAUUUUUUCUUAGAUUAGGAUUUGGGUUAGAAUUUACCCUGCUUUGAUAUUAAAGUAUGAGGGUAAUGAGUUUCUGUUGUAAUAAAUGACAAAAAAAAGUCACAAAAAUUUAUGUCAGCAUGAAGUGACAUUUUUCACAUCUGUAUAUGCCAUGCACAUUGACAAGUGCAUAAAAAUAAGGGUUCCUAUAGUUGAGAUCAACUCCAAAAAGUAAACUGACUAUGAACUACUCAAAAAAUAAUUUCAAUUACAUCUGUUGUAAUUGAUUCAAAUAGGAACCCGUCAUUUACUUUUUGGUCUAAUUUUUGAACAAGUAAUUACAGCAUGAGAUUGCAGCAAUGCUACCACUUGCCAUGUCUGUAAGUACUUACCUGUGCUGCACACCUGAGUUGCACCAGAACUAUUUCUUAUUAUAGUUACAGAAGUCUUUUUUUUUUUUUUUUAAUAUAUGGGGUAUCAAUUUCAAGGAUUUGUUAAUCAUUAACAUCUGCCAUUUGUAAACAUGUAAAAAUUUCUAAAACUUUCUAGUGUGAUAACCCCAUGAUAUUAUGUUUUGAUCCACAUUUGGAAUGAGAAAUGGCAUUUUGUAUUUUAUCUAUAGCUAAAAUUAUAAAAUUAAAAAAAAUGUUUUUCAUUUAGCAAACAUUUUCCAUUUUCCCCCCUUUUUUUGGAAUUGUUGAUUACCAAGGCAGAUUUUUGUUCUUGGAAAACUUUGAACUCUGAACAUGGAAAGAGAUGACAUGUUUCUCAUGUCAACUGCCAGAGAUUCUUGAAACAUCACUACAGAGUUUACAUUGGUAAAGCUGUAAGUUGCCCCUCAAAGUUUGGAGACAAAUUGUACUCAAGCAAUUUAAUACUGGAUUAAUGGUGAGCUCCACUUAUCAUGCCUAAAGAUUCUUUAGUAAUAAUGACAAGCCAAUAACUAUCUUUAAGAGAGCUGUUGCUGUUUGUUGGUGCAAUUUACUGCUAGAGCAGAUUUUUUUUGUACAAUUGUGUAAUAAUAGACCAAAGCCAUCAUUUUUUUCAAAAUGUAAGAAGAAAAAUAUAAAAAAUUUGAUAUUUUCAUUCAAAGUGUCCCUCAUUGGCACCUGUAUCAAAGUGCUAUACGUAUAUCCUGGAACAUACUUAUUUUUUAAGUAUGAAAACAAAAGUUAAAUGCUAGGAGUGACUAUCUUUGUUACCAGUUGUGUGAGCCACCUCCAACAGCUGAUCUCUCAAGAGAUGCCCAACUUUGUGUUGUCCACAUGACUGAACUGUGACACACACUAGAAAAGGAGGCCUGUGAAACACUAGGAUGUGGUUACCAUUCUUUGCUUAUUCCAAAACUAAAUUGUUCCCACCACCCUCUUCCCUUGAUGUGUUCUUGUAAUUGCACACUAGUUGACAAGGUUAAGCCAUUGGUUUGGCAAGUUGUUUUUAUUUGAAAUUAUUAGAUAUUUGUAAUUGUUUUAAAAAGUUAUUUUAUUGAAAAAAUAAUGCAUUUUAUGGUUCCACUGAUCUAUUUCACAGAUCCUUUUAUUGACCUUUUCGCUAUUCACGUUUCGACUAUUAAUGAAAAUUUGUUGUUUAUAAUUGAAACUAUAUGUACUUGUAAUAUAGGCUUUAUUCAUCACAUACUUACUCUUGUUUUAGGUAUAUGAGCAGUUUUUGUUCAAACCAAAUUUUAAUAUCUUGAUACUUUGUGAAAGUAAAGUUGAUUGCUUUUAUUUAAAUAUUACAGGAAUGAAACAGUUUAAAAUUGUACAUUGUACUCCAAGUUUAAGUUAUUUAAGUCCAGAAACCUACAAAUGAAACCAAACAUUGUUAAAAAAAAUAAUGAAACGGUCAUUACAGGAGAAAUAUUUGAGUACAUGGCUAAUGUAGAUUUUUUUUCUUUUGGUAACAUUUUUAUGCACUAAGUAAUAUUUUCAACCUUUUAGGUUAUUAAAUUAUCAAAUGUAUACUAAAAUAAUAGCAUAAAUUAUGUAAAUUUUUGACCAAACCAGCUGCUUUAAUAACUCUGAUGUAAAAAUAAGUAGUAGAUUAAUGUUGAUGCAACUCUUUAUUGAAGCUAACAUUUGCAACUCAAUUGUAGCAUUCUGCCCACAAAAAGAUGCUAUUUGCUAAACAUUGUGAACAGGUGCUCUGUCACUGCUGUAGUGCUAGUGCACUCACAAUAUGCUGCAUAAUGUCUAGUAAAUGUCAGUGAGUUUGUUUAGACUGUCAGGAGGUACAAGUGUGUUAAUAAAUCUUGUAGCAAAAUGUCAGUUACUAGUAAGUAGAAGGUUGAUUUUAAAACAUUUAAAACAAUUUAUUAAAUUAUGUAUAAAUAGUUGUGUAUUGUUUUUUUUAGCCAAGUUCUCUUACGAAUUUGUCAUGUAAAAUUGAAGGGUUGCUAUACUUUAAAUUAUAGAUCACAAACAUAUAUAUCUGUAUACAGUCACGUCUCUAAAUGUAAACAAAAUGAGAGGAGUUGAAAAAAAGAAAAAAUUGAAUUUUGAGGUUAGCACUAUUUACAUGUUUUAGGCGCCACGUUUUAACAAUGACUCUAAAACUGUAUUCCUAUUGAAUGGAAGCAGAAAAUACCAUACACUAAUUUGAUCAUAAUUCACUAAACAUUUUCUUUACCAAAGCUAGCUGAUGUAGCAAUGUAUGCAAACAACUGCAAAUCUACUGCCAUCUUUUAAAAUUUAAUGCACAUUUUUUUUUUUUUGCAAUUCCGUUAAGAUGUUUACAAACACUGCCUAAUUUGUUGGUUACAAAUAUUGUAUGCAAAUCUAGCACAGUUUGAGCAGAGCUAAGUAGAAUGCAGAUGAGAUUAAGAUGAGAUUAACAGUUGAGGUAGUGAGAUGAACUCAACUGUUGAUAAGAUUAACAGUUGAGGUAGUGAGAUUAACUCAACUGUUGAUGAGAUUAACAGUUGAGGUAGUCACACUAGAUGUGCUGUAAGUGAGGCUUACUACUGUUAGUGUUAUUCAUCCUGUUGUUUUGUUGCUGUGAGAUCAACUAUGUAUCAUUGAAACAGUCUAGGGAGUACACCUUGAAUAGAUCUUUAGCAAACAUCACUGCUUCUCUUGUGCUGCAUUCUUUUUUUUUGGACCAGACAUUUAGAGAUCCUCAACAGAAUUACAUGUAGAUAGUUGGUGUUGUGUUGCUUUUAGUGUUACCAAUACAUAUCACAUCCAAUUUUUAACACGUUCUCUUGUUGCAACAGUUUGACUUGUUGCCUCUCAUUUUGUGCUUCAUUUUUUUUUAAUUCCCUCCUCUUUUUGUAUUAUUGAUUGCAGUUAGAUAUUUUGACAAAUAAAAGCAUUUCCCACAGUUUCA